AACGAAUAUAUUCCCCGCACAAAACGAUAUAAUUUACUCUCAUUGGUAUUCUUCAUAUUUCGGCGGGGCUCAAUAUCGAAGACAUCGACAAGUUACAUGCCAUACUUUAUGCCGUAUAAGUGUAGUGCAAGAAGCACGUCGACUUGGUAUCCAAAGCGACAAUUAUGGUUUAUUAAUGAGAUACACAACUCACAAACUAUGGAAAACUGCAAAUAAGGAUGAAAAAUUAAGCUACGCAAAUUUAAAAAAUCAACUAAAUUCUUUUCGUUAA